UUCAAGCAGCGCGGGGGCUUUGCAGUCUGAGGGUGCAAGUUCAAAUCCCUCCUCUGUUAAGGGGCCGGUGCCCUUCCCAUAAGCGCGCUCACAGAACAGGCCUGGCACGCAGUGAGGGCUCUGUGAAUGUUCAGAAAAAUAAAAUGUAAUAAACGCAGUCACCCGGCACAUACUAAGCGCUGCUGAUGGCACAGGGUGACAUUUACCCAUCCUGGGACAGACCCUUCAGCACCUACUAGGACGUUCCUGUAGCCAUAGUCUUCCCCACUUGACCUGCCAGGAAAACCCCAGUGUGUCGAGCGGUCCAGGCAGGCCGUGGGUGGAGGAGUGGGGUCCCCAGUCCCGAGCAGACAGCCCUCCACGCAAGUCACAAAGCCAGCGGCUCACCCCCCGGCCAGUGGGUCCCUGCGCACAGGCAGAAAAGCUGUUUGUCAAAUUUGUAUUUAAAUCCCCGUUACAGUAGCUUAUACCUUCUCAGGGUGUCAACGUCCUUGCAAAGCAGCUCCCUCCCUGCGUCCUCCUCAACCCCCUGCUGUCACCUGGGUCCUUCCAAAAAGUGUCCCACACCCACUCAAGUCUGUUAGAUCUGUAACCCCUCCCCUUUUAAGACAGGUUUCUGCUCUUGGCUUUUUUCUAGUGGAAAUCUUUGCUCACGGCUGACUCCGUCCCUUUUCACUGCCGUGUAGUACUCGAGCCCCGAGUCACCGUCCCCACGGAGCUGGGCCUUCAGGGGCUGCCUGGCCUUUGCUCGUGUCACGCACGUCCCCGUAAGGAAAGCCCUUUGGUCUGUCUCACCUCGAACCAAGAGUGAGCUUAUCUGCAGAUAACAUCCCUGGGGAGCACGCUUGGUGGCUCAGGAAGCGCCCCAAAUUCCCCCCUCCACCCCCCCCCCCCGCCACCUUCGAGGCCACGGUGUUUCCCUUACUGUCUGCGCCAGCGCUGUGUUAGCGGUGUUUGGAGCCUGGCCGGCCCGUGGGACGCAGAGCCGUGUGUGUGCCUGCUCCCAUCCGCCUUUGCCUUAUCGUGAGUCUUAAGCGUGUUUACGCACACGCACACACGCGUUAAGUCCGUGGGCAGGACGUGCUCGUGGAUCGUUUUCCUCUGGGCCUGAUAUGCUGUCAGUGUUCCUGUGCCUGGGUAAAGGUCUGUCUCCAGAUGCAAGGACAAGUGGGGUGGCACACAGAGACCCUCUGGGGCUGGCUCCGCCUCCGGCGUGGCCCAGCGGGGAGGAGAUGGGGCCGAGGGCCGAAUUGGGGAGCCAGGCCGGCGUCACAGCCGUGGCCACGCCGCUUGGGAGCUCGGAGUGCCACGGGGACAUCGUCAGAAUCACAGUUUGAAGGACCCUCUUGCCGAAGGAGUUGAUCUGAUGUGCCCGGGCCCCACGCAAACUCCUGCCCGCAGCCUGGAGUGCCCUGCCCGCCGCGGCCCAGUUGCGCUAAUGGCCACGGGGAGGGAAUCACGAGCUAGCGUUGACUAAAGGCUGGUACUGUCCGUGUACUUACUCACCCGGUCCUACGUCGAACCUGGAAGGUGGUGACCCUGUCAUUCCGUUACCAGCUGGGGAAACUGAGGCACAGGGAAGCAGUGGAGCCAGGAUUCAAGCCUGGGCAGGUGGCUGUGAACCCCUCCACUCAGCUGCCUUGGGGCACAUUCCUGCAUGCAGCAGGCACUCACUCCCCAUCGUGGCGUCCUCCGUCGUGUCCCUGUACUUCCUGGAGCUGACCGACCUCUUCAAGCCGGCCAAGGUGGGAUUCCAGUGCUACGACCGGACGCUCUCCAUGCCCUACGUGGAGACCAACGAGGAGCUCAUCCCCCUGCUCAUGCUCCUCAGCUUGGCCUUCGCUGCCCCUGCGGCCUCGAUCAUGGUCGGCGAGGGCAUGCUGUACUGCGUGCAGUCCCGGCUGUGGGGCCGCGGCGGGGGCCCGGGCGGCGCCGAGGGCAGCAUCAACGCUGGCGGCUGCAACUUCAACUCCUUCCUGCGGCGCACUGUGCGCUUUGUGGGCGUCCACGUGUUCGGCCUGUGUGCCACGGCCCUGGUGACCGACGUCAUCCAGCUGGCCACAGGCUACCACGCGCCCUUCUUCCUGACGGUCUGCAAGCCCAACUACACGCUGCUGGGCACGUCGUGUGAGGCCAACCCUUACGUCACACAGGACAUCUGCUCCGGCCGCGACGCGCACGCCAUCCUGUCUGCGCGGAAGACCUUCCCGUCGCAGCACGCCACGCUGUCCGCCUUCGCUGCGGUCUACGUGUCGAUGUACUUCAACUCCGUCAUCUCGGACACCACCAAGCUGCUCAAGCCCAUCCUGGUGUUCGGCUUUGCCAUCGCAGCGGGCGUCUGCGGCCUCACCCAGAUCACACAGUACCGUAGCCACCCCGUGGACGUGUACGCAGGCUUCCUCAUCGGCGCUGGCAUCGCGGCCUACCUGGCCUGCCACGCGGUCGGCAACUUCCAGGCCCCGACGGCAGAGAAGCCGAUGGCGCUGGCCCCCGCCAAGGAUGCGCUGCGGGCCCUGACCCAGCGGGGCCACGACUCGGUGUACCAGCAGAACAAGUCCGUGAGCACCGACGAGCUGGGGCCGCCAGGGCGGCUGGACGGCGUGCCCCGGCCCGUAGCCCGAGAGAAGGCCUCGCUGGGCAGCCUGAAGCGGGCCAGCGUGGACGUGGACCUGCUGGCCCCACGCAGCCCCAUGGGCAAGGAGAACAUGGUCACCUUCAGCCACACGCUGCCCCGCGUCAGCACGCCCUCGCUCGACGACCCUGCUCGCCGCCACAUGACCAUCCACGUGCCACUCGACGCUUCUCGCUCCAAGCAGCUCAUCAGCGAGUGGAAGCAGAAGUCGCUGGAGGGCCGUGGCCUAGGGCUGCCCGAUGAGGCCAGCCCCGGGCACCUGCGGGCGCCCGCGGAGCCCAUGGCGGAGGAGGAAGAGGAGGAGGAGGAAGAGGAGGAGGAAGAAGAGGAGGAAGAGGAGGAGGAGGAGGGUGAGGAAGGGGGGCCGGCCCCGCCCUCACUCUACCCCACGGUGCAGGCCCGGCCGGGGCUCGGGCCUCGGGUCCUCCUGCCGCCGCGGGCCGGGCCGCAGCCGCUGGUGCACAUCCCCGAGGAGGGGGCACAGGCGGCUGGCGGCCUGUCUCCCAAGAGCAGCGCCGCCGUGCGGGCCAAGUGGCUCAUGAUGGCGGAGAAGAGCGGGGCCGCUGUGGCCGUGGCCUCGGCCCAGCCCCGCGUGGCCAACCCGCCGCGGCUGCUGCAGGUGAUCGCCAUGUCCAAGGCGCCGGGCGGGCCGGGUCCCAAGGGGGCGGAGACCGCCUCGUCCUCCAGCGCCAGCUCCGACUCCUCGCAGUACAGAUCGCCCUCGGACCGCGACUCGGCCAGCAUCGUCACCAUCGACGCGCACGCGCCCCACCACCCCGUGGUCCACCUGUCCUCGGGUAACGGGCCCUGGGAGUGGAAGACGGCGGGGGGCACGGCCAAGGGGGCAGAGGGCGAGGGUGGCUACGAGCUGGGGGACCUGGCCCGUGGCUUCCGCGGUGGGCCCAAGCCGCCAGGUGUGUCCCCCGGCUCGUCCAUCAGCGACGUGGACCAAGAGGAGCCGCGAUUUGGGGCCGUGGCCACGGUCAACCUGGCCACGGGCGAGGGGCUGCCCCCACCGGGCAUGGCUGACGGGGCCCUGGGCCCGGGCAGCCGGGAGUCCACGCUGAGGCGCAAAGCUGGCGGCCUGGUGCUGGGGGAGCGGGAGGCCACGGGGGAGGCGGAGGCCGAGGGCUACUAUCGCAAGAUGCAGGCGGCCCGCAGGUUCAAGGACUGAGGGGGAGGGGUGGGGUGCCGCAUGGGGCACAGGUGGGUACCACUGGGCCGGCGGGGGUGGGGGGAAAAGCACUUCGUGACCAGACAAUAAAAUGUCGACACCCA